GGCAAUCGUUUUUGUAAAUAACCACACACACUGAUUGGAAGUUCGGUGCAAGUCACACAUAGCGCAUUGAAAUGAAGAUUUUUAUAUUUAUAAUAGGCUUGGUCAUCCUCCUUUCCCAUUCGGCCAAUGGAAGUAAGGAAGUGUUUGCUCACUACAUGGUUGGAUUUGCGUACCCAUCAGAUCAAAACUUCUUUGAUGGACAAAUUAAGCAUGCGAUCGCAGCUGGAAUUGACGGAUUUGCUCUCAACGUUGGAAUAGAUGAUUGGCAACCGGAUCGAGUAGCUAAGUUCCUAGCUGCUGCCCAAAAUAAUGGAAAUUUCAAAUUGUUCAUCUCGUUUGAUAUGUCAUCGUUAACGUUUAACAAUGCCGUACUGGGUCGCUUCCACUUUGCAGCCAAUCAUCCAAAUUAUUUUCACUACAAUGGUCGACCAUUCUUCUCAACAUUUGCAGGAGAAUUUCAGGACUCGUUCUGGGUUAAUUGGAAGUCUAGCAGUGGCUUCAAUCCUUACUUUUGUCCUAGUUGGCCUAAUUACCCCACUCAGAAUUUCUUCCAAAAUAAUCCGGUCGUUGACUGUGCAUUCACAUGGAACGCUUGGCCUGCGGGCGGUGCAGGACCAUUAGCUACGUUUGAUACGACUGGCGAUAGGAAUCUUCUUGCUAGUGCCAGAGCAACAGGUAAACAGUACAUGGCACCUUUGGCUCCAUGGUUUUAUACUUAUGUUUGGGGACCAGGUUGGCACAAACAUUGGAUAUACAGCUCAGAAAUACUAUUACCACAGCGCUGGCAACAAGUUGUUGCGCUACAGCCCGAUUUUAUUCAAAUUAUCACAUGGAACGACUACAGCGAAGCAUCUUACGUUUGCGAGAUAAGCAGCGAUUUGCCACUUGACAUGGGAGGCAUCUACGACAUGAUUAACCGACCGCAACCGAUGAAGCACGAUGCAUGGCUACAACUAUCGACCCAUUACAUUCAAUGGUACAAAAAUAACGCUCGUCCUUCCGUCACGCGUGAUCAGUUUUACUGGUGGUAUCGCGUUCAUCCGAAGAACAAUGUUGUCGGCGAAAUUCCACAAUAUCGCAACGACGCACAUGACUGCGUUGUUGUCCAUACGAUAGUGAGAAGUGUCAGUCCGCUUGGCGGUCGCUAUACGAUGGAAGUCAAUUUAAACGGAUCAAUCAAUCGGUAUACGAUCAAUCAACUCGAACAGACCGAAUGCAUUGCUUUUCCAGCGAGCUCAGGAUUCGUGACAAUUUCUCUGAUUGGUCCGGACAAUGGGGUGUGGUGGAGCAAUGGAAAUAAUAUACCGUUGCUCGGGUCUGGCAAUAAUUUCAAUGCCUUCGCCAACAGUCACUCAUUUCCGAGUCCAUAAUUUGUACAAUAAUAAAGAAGGAGAUACUUUCGUAAGCAAUAAAAGAAAUCCAACUGAAA